UCUGAGCAUCACAUCACAUAGAGUGUGGCGCCAUGGAAGAGUCGUUGAAAAAAAGGAGACAUGCACUCCGAGCAGCAUUGCGAAAGGAACCAACUGCAGGCCCGCCUGAAGUCAGGAUCCUGGAAGCAAGAGUUGCAAGUCUCUUCGGGGCAGGUGAAGCUGUACUUUGGGAGAAGUUGCGGCUGCAAACUCCUCAACCUGAAGGUGCAUUCAAUCUGCUUGUGGCACGCCCAGUGCAGUGCAUGAAGACACCCGCCGUGGUGCUCAUGCAUCCCACAGGCAAGUGCAAGGAGUUUAUGGCUGACACCAUGGAGAGGUGGGCGAGGAAAGGACUCCUGACCAUUGCAUUUGAUGCACCUUAUCAUGGUGAGCGAGCCCUUCCUGAAGCAGGAUUGAAAGACCUCUCCCUGAGCAGUUUGGGACCCUCGCAACUCAAAGAGAUUGGCAGCACAGAGUCAGGACGAUUGAAGGUCUACUUUGAUGCCUUAGUGAAGGGCUACCGAAGUGGCAACGAACGGUUUGUACUGGACAUCUCUAGGGAUGCUCUUUGGGUCAUGGACUAUCUAUGCUUCCGACCUGACGUGGUCCAUGAGCGGAUUGGUGCGAUGGGUGUCUCCUUGGGUGGAAUGGCAUGCUGGCUCUUGGCGGCAGCAGAUGAGCGUGUCUUUUCGGCGGCGCCUGCGAUAGGCGUCCAAUCUUUUCACCAUUCCCUGGUCAACGACCUCUGGCAAGCCCGAGUCGAUUCGAUUCUUCCAGCCUUUGAAACGGCGAAGACGGACAUGGGCAAGUCGAAGAUUGACCAAGAGGUGGUGAAAGCUGUUUGGGCGCAAAUCGCACCAGGAUUGGCAGAGGCAGACCCGUCAAGAGAAGAUGCCUUUGAUGCGCCCCUGACCUUGCCAUGCAUCGCCCCACGCUACUUGCUGGUGGUCAAUGCGGAGAAGGACCCAAGAUGCCCGUUAGAGGGGGUUCGCCUGUGCUUGGCUGCCGCAGAAGAGGCAUAUCGUCAGCUAGCAUCGGGUGAUGAACGAUUGGUCGUCUACAUUCAGCAGGACGUGAAGCAUGCAAUGACAGCAAAGAUGUGGGAACGAGUGGAUUCAUUCCUCUUCGCCACUCUCGGCAGCACCAACAAACGAAAGCUGUCGCAAUUGUGAGGCGAGCAACCGGCACGAGCGGCUUGGCCCUGUGCGUGUCACCAGCGAUCAAUGGCGUCGCUAUGCGUCGCUGUCUACAUCGCUUUUCUUUUUUUCCGAUCGCCAUUGCUAUUGCUUGAAGAAA